UAGCUGAAAAUAUAAGCAAAUCAACAAAAGAGAAUAUUUCUAGUCCUAAUUUUGCACAAAAUACAUCAAAUUUCUUUGAGUAAUUUUUGGUUAUAUUUUGGAGGACCGAUUGAUUGAUAUAAUUUUCAUUUGAAAAGUUUAAUCUAUUUUUUUAAUGAAAAUUCAGGGAAUUGUGAUUUAUUGAUUCACGAAUUGGGGGUGAGGAAGAGGAAGUAGCAAGUGGAAAGAAGAAUGGAAAUGGAAGGUGGAGACAUGGAUUCACUAUUUGAAGGAAUGGUACUGUUCAACCCUACCCAAAUUGAAGCAGCAGCAGCAGCAACGGAGAAUAAUCAACAAGACAACGAUCGUGGUGUUGAUGAUUCUCAAAGUGAUUCUGCUGCAGCAGCAUCAGUAUCGUGUUCGCAGCCCCUUGACGAGAAUAUCUUCUCUGACCUCACCCUCAUCGUCGAUCCGCUCCAAAACUUACAAGUAACCGAGGAGGAGGAUCAUCUUCUUCUUCUUCAAUCUCAAUCUUGGCAAAGCCAGCAACAGCAACAGCAGGUAUCUGUAUCUUCCUCCUCGAGAAGAAGAAAACGAUCUGGCUUGAGGAUAGGAUAUGGCAGAAAUAGAGACACCGUGGAUGUGGAUGUGGAUGUAGACGUGGAUGUUUCUCCUCAUAUUUCCUCCGAUUCCCCUUCCUUGUCCACCGAUGUUACUGCUUCUGUUGGUGUUGUUGCCCAACAACCGUCUGUCGCUAGUGCUAGUGCCAGUGAAUCGAUCACCACUGAUGAUGUUGAUACUACUGCUACUACUAGUGAAUCGAUCAGACACACAGCAGCAGAUGGGGAUGAAGAAGAAGAAGAAGCAUUCCGGCAAAUUAGGAAGACUAUAGAUGAGAAGCUUAACCAUGCCCGUCAACUUGUCAACGCUGCAUCUGCUGUCCGAAAGGAUGCAAUCAGGAGUAGAAGAAAGGCUGUUGAGAAUGCAAAUCUUGCUUCCCUCAAAUACAUGGAACUUGAAAUGCAAUUGGAAGAAGCCUGUGAAGCUGAAGAUUUUGAAAGGGCCGAAAAGGUUAGCGAACACCUUUCUGCUGCUGAGAAGGACAAACAAAUUUCCGCCAAUUCAUUGAGACAAGCUGACGCCUUUAUCCAUGCUUUAGAUUUGAAAUUGCAGCAUGCCCUCCACUCUCACAUAGCUGCUGAGGAAGAAUGCGCAAUCUUACUCCACCAUUAUGCAUCGAAUGCUGUAAAUAAUGCAGAUUCUGCCAUGAAGAAAGCAACAUUGGUGCAUUCAAAAAAUAUGGAACAAUGGCUUUCAUCAUCAGAAGCCUUGGAGGUUAAAAAGAUGGAGUUGGAGAUUGAAUCACAUUUUAUAAGCGAAGCUCAUACAGAACUUAAUAAUAACAUUGAGCAUUCAAUCGAGGAUGACAAAAAAGAAAAAGAGAUCCUUUGUAAAAGAAAGACCAUGCUAAUGGGUGAAUUGGAAAAGCUUCUUGCUUUAGUCAAACAGAAAGAAAAAGAGAUAGCUGACAAUGAUUCUGUUUUAAAAGCUGUAGAGCAUAAGAUAAAUAAUGUUGUCUCUGGAUUUAAAGAGAUUCAGUCAACCAUUGAUGUGAAGUAUGAAAAAUUGCAAUCUGUCCUUGCUCAAGUGAAAUUAGAGACGGAAACUUUGUCACAAAAGAAGGAUGAAAUUGAUAACUUUCUUGUUCAGGAAGAACGAAUGGGAGCAAAACUUAAUGAAUUUGCUAGGGUUUCUGAGGAGGAAGCUAAAGGAUACAGUGAAAUUGUUAAAUUAAGAAGAAGUUUGAUGUCAUCUAUAUUGAAGUCUGGGGAGGAUAAGCUGAGACUUGCAAACAAUGAGGAAAAGCUUUCUGGAGACGUGAAAUUGUUUCAACAGGAGGUUUCUGCUGCCAGAGCUUCCUUACAGGAACUAUCUUCAAGAAAGUCGAGCAUCCAGCAAGAUAUAGCAUCCUUCAAGCAGAAGAUUAUUUUCAUAGAUAAGAGAGUCCCAGAACUUGAAGCAGAAAAAAAAGUUGCUACUGCUGCUAGAAAUUUCAAGGAGGCUGCCCGAAUAGCUACUGAGGCUAAAUCACUGUGUGUUGAAAAAGAGAAUAUUCAGAUGGAAAUGGAUACGGCCACUUCAAAUCUUGAAAAACUAGAGGAAGAAAUUAAGGGCACUCUUGAUAAAUUGCAGGAGUCUGAGGGGAUGAUCUCAUUGAAGGAGAAAGAGUUAGCAAUGGCUAGAUAUCAAAAGCUACUUUUGACAGCUGCAACUGCUAGAGCUGAAAAAGCGGCUGCCCAAGAAAUGGGCGAUGUCGAAGAAGCUAAUCUCCUGCUUGCAGAAGCUGAGGCAGCAGACUGUGAAGCUGAAAGAAUUCGAUCAACAUACAAUUUCAAGGUGGAAGACAUUUCAAAUUUACGGAAAGAUUUGGUUUCAAUGGACCUUGUAUCAAUUCUUGAUAAAAAACAAUUGGAAAAAUUAGAUGUCAGUUCAUCUCUUUAGCUGAUUAUCUAUUCAAGAUUUCAGUGGAUUUACUGAUAAUCAAGACGUGUGCGCCUAGAAAUUACUGAAGAGCAGCAUGAAUGUCCAACUUUUGGGAUACGUGUUAUGCAUCUAUACAUUUUGAUGAAUACUGCGUAUGAUAUUGGUACAAUUUUCCUCUUUUUCAAUUUUUGAGGAGCUCUAAGCAAGCCCCCAACUAAAAACAGAAUGGAAGAACUCAGAUUAGAUCAACAAAAAAAUGAUUAGUAACUUUGUUAAA